AAACGAUCCGACAACCGACCGACAACCGCCGUCCAUUCAUAGAGUGACUUAUAUUUUUGUGUGGGGUCGCAAGAUCUCUCCGAUCCGAUCCCAUCCCAUCCCAUCCCAUCCGAUCCGAUCCCAUACGAUACGAUCCGAUCCGUACCGUUUGUAUCCGAUCUGAUCCGAAAGCGAUCCGAAAACGAUCCGCAAAAUCAGUCAAGAGUCCGUAGCCGAUCGGUAUUCGGUAUUCGUUACAAUUCGCGAGUGAGUUUUUCGCGAGCGCGGAGGAGGUGGAAAAUCCCACGGUUGUUACGCGUUUACGUACUCGAAAUGAUCGGCUAGCGAUCCGCCAGAUCAGAUCCAUAUGAACGGUCAGCGCGAGUGAGUGUUCCGAUCGCGAGAAGAAUUCUCCUCGACUCGUCUCGUCUCGUCUCUACACGACUCGACUCGAAUGUGCGUCUGGUGAUGUUGGGAACAUGGGAAAAACGGGCGCAAAGGAUGCGCCACAACUUCUGCGUAGAACGAAAUUAACGAAAACAUAACUGAGGAGCCGGAGCCAAAAAAAAAAAAAAAAAAAGAAGAAAGAUUCAGCCAAAAGCGAUUCCAGCGAGUAUAGCGAAUAUAAAAAGCAAAAUAAAAAGUGCGGACAAAAGCAGCCAAAAGAGUCGCGCGACUUGGGUCUUCGGCCUGGGAUUCUGAUUAAAGCGCGCGUUUAAUUUCAUUUUUUACGCUACUCCCUGGUCGUCCUGCAACCCGCCAUAUACCCCCAUAUACCCCCAUAUACCCCCAUAUACCCCCAUAUACCCCAUAUCGGUGGGGCCAAACAACAAAAUAAAACACAAUUCCCCAGUUGGACUCCACCCUUGGCCGGGCUUUUGAUUCGCUGUUCAACUUUUUUUCGCCUGGGACUUUUUGUUUGUUUCGUUCGCUGGAUCGCGAAAACCCGGCCGACAACUCCUUGCCAAUAUUCCUUUUGGCCUUUUGGCUCAGUACGCCGGCAGCUUUCUCCGUGUGCGUACGCAGCCCCAGUCGCAGACAGCAGCGAAAACCCAAAACAAAAAAAAAACAAAAAAGUGAAAGAUCGGAAAAGAUCAGCCAGAUCCACCAGAUCCGUCAGAUCCGCCAGAUCACCUCGGAUCAGAUCGGUGAUCAUGUCGCCCGGGAUUCCGCCACCAACCGCCAACUUCCCCCAAAUGAAGUACACACAUAAAAAUAUCCACUCAGCUCGAGACGCUUGAUUAAUUCGCACACGUCAACGGUAUUCAAAUAAGCAUCUCGUGUACUCAUCGUGGCCGCAAUAAAAACGGCGUUAACUUUUACUACCUGCCAAAAAAAAACAAAUACAACAAAAACAUUAUAUAUAUACAUAUACUAUAUAUAAAUAUAUAGCACUCACUGGCUAAACAAAGUAAAUUAAAACAGCUCAACGGGCCAGAAUUUGGUUUGUUGCCGCUGCAUUUGGCGGCUUCAAUCGAUAUGCGUUUGCUCAUGGUAAUUGCAAUUUUAAUAUUCGCAAUGCCAAUGACUGGAUUCGGCUGGGCCGAGGGCACCAACAUCCUUCUCGAUCCAAAUCUAAUGUGCAAAAAGACACGUCGUCUGCGCGGCAAGUUGGCCGAAAUCUGCCGCCACGAUUCGGCGCUGCUCAAAGAGAUCAUCAUCAAUGGCAUCAACCUGGGCUUCCGCGAAUGCGAGUUUCAGUUCCGCAAUCGCCGAUGGAACUGCAGUGUGCUGCGCAAGAGCAUGAGGAAAAUCUUAAUGCGCGAUUCCCGAGAGACGGGUUUCGUGAACGCCAUCACAGCCGCGGGAGUGACCUACGCCGUGACGAAGGCCUGCACGAUGGGCCAGCUGGUGGAGUGCUCCUGCGAUAAGACGCACGUGCGCAGGAACGGUGGCCAGCCCCAAAUGGUGACGGCGGCCACCGCGCAGGCGGCACUGGAGCGGCAGCAGCAGGCCGAGAUGCUGCGGCAACAGUUGCCCCCGCUGGAUCAGCAUCCCAGCCAGCGGAUGGGUCGCUUGAGCAAUGCCAGCACCAUGACCGAUAUAUCCGCGGUGGAGCACAGGGGCGGGCGGAAUCGCAAACCGGGCUGGAGGAGGGGGCGUCGCAAGUUCUGGGACAACAUCAAGUUUCCCGAGGGGCAGUGGGAGUGGGGCGGCUGCAGUGACAAUGUGAAGUUUGGUCUGCGGCACUCGCGUGUUUUUCUCGACGCCAAGCAGAGGCAAAGACGCAGCGAUCUGGGCACGCUGGUUAAGUUCCACAACAACAACGCAGGUCGAUUGGCCAUUCGCGAUGCCAUGCGGCUGGAGUGCAAGUGCCACGGGCUGUCCGGCUCCUGCACGGUGAAGACCUGCUGGCUGAAGAUGCCUCCGUUUCGGGAAGUGGCAGAACGACUGCGUGACCGGUACGACAGUGCCAGGAAGGUGACGUUGCGCAACGAUGGCAACAGCUUCAUGCCGGAUAAUCCGCACACGAGGCCGGCGAACAAGUACCAGCUGGUCUUCGCAGACGAAUCGCCCGACUUUUGCACACCCAACUCCAAGACGGGUGCACUGGGCACCCAGGGCAGGGAGUGCAAUGUGACCAGUUCCGGACCGGAUCGCUGCGAUCGCAUGUGCUGCAAUCGGGGACACACUCGCCGUAUUGUGGAGGAGCAGACCAACUGCAAGUGCGUCUUCAAGUGGUGCUGCGAGGUGACCUGCGAAAAGUGCCUGGAGCACCGGGCAGUGAACACCUGCCUCUGAGUGUAGUUUACUCACUCUAUAGAUGCAUACAUACAUACAUCUGUAUUACUUUCUUCGGUUUAGUCAGGAAUAGAAUUUUGAAAGCUUUCCAUUUCGCGUGAUAGAAAACACACACACUUACAGAGAAAACGUUUUAAGUAUUAACUAACAAGUAACAUGUAAUGAGUAUCUCUAAUCUUUUAGCUAGUUGUAAAUACGAAAUAAAAGCCACAUAAACAUGCCUACGUUAUAUCAUUCAUAUGCAGCUCAUGUAAGCCCUGUAAAUAGUCGCAAUAAAAACGAAAGAAAAACUAAA